GGAGCAGCACAUCGAUCAAAAAUCUCGCCAAUUGCCGAAAGGCCACGGUUUCCUGGCAGUCAGUCGAUUGGAGAAAGCCUCAAGAGUCCAGGAAAACAAAGGCCCAAUCAGAGGACGAGGCUGUCUGUUUCCCCAGGUUCCAGCGUUGCCGUGUUGAGGUAGGAACCGACGGAUCGAGCCUGCCAUUUCUCAUCAUUUUCGCACGCUCUCUCACAGGGUUGUCAAGGUGGCCGGCAAUGCUUCUUCGGCUGAGAUUCUCAAACCCACUUUUCCACUCGUGCUGCUUUUCUGUAAUCGGCAGCACACGCGACCUUACACCCAUUCCGGGUCUUAUUGUUGACCAUGGCACCCUCGCCUUGUCGUGUUCCUGUCUCUUUGACGCUGAAGUUACCAAGGACGCCGCGAAAUCUCGGCAAAUCCUUGCUUGUUAUGCGCACACUCAGUCGGCUUGCGGUCGAGCACUGGGUUCGCUUCAUCGUCAUUCUUUCACUUCUCCCUGUGCUAUCUCGUGCCAUGCGGUCUGCAGCUGCACUUGGCUGCAGGCUCUGAUCCUACCAGCCAAUUUGCUCCGAGUCUCCUCCGGAUACCUUAUCCCAACCCCAGCGCCAUGCGCCAUCGCCCUGGUUGAGUGGCCAGGGUUUGGAGCCGAUGGAUGGGGUGGGCCUUCGACAGCCCCGGUCACUUGGCGCCGCACCAAUUCCCAUCCAGCCAUCGUCGUCCCCAGGCACUCGCAAUCGGGGGUACCGCGGGAAUGUACCUUACUGUACCAUACCUUGGCUGCAAAAGGGGGGAAGGGGACCCGGAUGCAGGCGUCCUGUCUGUCGCUUGCAGGUCAUCAGUGGGAAACACCCCGUUCUGAUUAAAACAAGCGCCCCUCUGCCCAAGAGCCACCUGCCGGGCUCCUGCGCUGAGCUUUCUUCUGCUUCUGUCAGUCAACCCCAGCGUGCUAUGGGUCCCAAAUCAUUGCACACUACCGUCUAUUUACCUCUACUUUUCGGCUGCUGCUCACUCAAGGCCAGAUCGUGU